AUGGAACCCGUUCCUGAGACGGAGAGGAUGGAGGAGUUCCGACCCUCGCCGCUUCCCUCGCUCCGCAUCCAGAAUCCGACCCUCCUCCCUUCCGCGGUUGCCGAGUCCGAACCUCUGCGAAAGCCUCCCACCUUGCGCCGCCAGACCGAUCCAAGUCCCACCUCUCCGACCGCACCGCCUUGGACCUUUGCCCCUCUACCCUAUCGGCCCCGUACGACCUCGCCCCUCUCUGGUCACCACACGAGAUCUAGAUCUGCAGCGAGCUUGGCUCCUCCCAUGUCUCGCACACAGUCCAUGCCUGGCGUCAAUGGUUCUGGUCAUAUCCUGUUCUCGCCGCAACUUCGCCCCGCCAGUCCUUCCGGGUCGCCCAGCCGCUUUCGAGCCCCGCGGAAGCCUGUUGACGAGGCGUUUCCCACCUCGCCCAUUCGCACCUCAGUCUUGGAGUCAGACCGCAAGGUUACCGAGCGCAAUGUUUCCCCAAAUCUGAUUGGAACGACGCCGUCUAUGAUCCUUCCCCGACACCGUCGCCCGUCUUCUCCGUUGCGACACCCCGCCCACACGAGCACACCAUCACUUCCAAUGCCUACUACGCCCACGUCUGCGACUUCCUCGCCUUCUUUUCGAGGUUACGAUUCCUUUUCUCACGGAUACGGCAUCUCUGCUUCGUUCCCGUCUUCGUCAAUCCCAUCCACACCGACGUCUACGAGAUCGAGAAGCCCCAGCAUAUCAAGUCUCGAAACCAUACCAGACUCACCUGACGCCGAGGAAGCUGCCAUGGAGGCGGAGAGGAUUGCCCAACUCAAGGCUGCUGCGGAGGAUGCAGAGGGUAGCGAUAUUGGCGAAAACAAGGGAAGGAGCAGCCUAGACCUGACCUCACGAGGCAGAGCAUUGGGUUUUGGGUCGUCGAGGGACAAGCGGAAGCGGUGGAGUGUUUGCGGCGCUGAACGACGGCAAGAUCUGGAUUUGGAAACAAUUUGGGAAGACUGA